CGAACGAACGAACGAGGCAGCGAAAGAGCGACGUUGCGGCGCGGCUGCGGCGGGCGCCGGGUUCGUGAGCGCCGUGCCGACACGCGAUCGAGGCGCGUUUACGCCCAUAGCUUGCGACGAUGCCAGAAUCGCGGCGCGGGCGCACCGUUUGCCACGGCGCUCACGGCCGCGUCGUGCAAUGCACGAGCUGGCAAUAGCAGCCGGCGGAGCCUCCACCGCCUGCUGCGCCGCGACGCCUCCUCAGUAUCGAGCGUAGCGCGGCGCUGGACGGACGUAGAAAAAUGUCGAGCGACAUCAAGCUCAUCAACCUGGUCAAGGAGUUCCCCGACCUCUACGACACCCGCAGACCCAACUACAAGGACACCGUCCUCAAAGAGACCAUUUGGACCGAAAUUGCCAACAACCUCAGCACCCCUGUUCAAGAUGUGAAAACCCGCUGGAGAUCACUGAGAGACAGAUUCACCCGUGAGAAAAAAGCAGCCAUCCUCUCCAACAGCCCUGACUACACCGGCAAACCCUUCAAACCAUGGCCUUUAGUGGAGCACAUGAACUUCCUCUGGAGCUUCAUCAGCCACAGAGAGGGACAAAAUGCUAUUAAUAGGCAUGGCAAUUUCAGGUCCCGAAAGGUGCCCUCGACCGAGUACAGUAAUAUCAAAAACGAGUCCAAAGGCGACUCUCAGGACGACAACGAGGACUCGAUGAUGUACGAGUGGGUGGUGGAGGAUGACAACAUUGGGGAGGACCACUCGCGCCUUGUCGAGACGACUCUUGAAGAGCCGAGUCCGAGCGCCGAACAAAGCACUUCGACCCGCAGCAGCAUGAACAACAUAGCCAAACUGCAGCGCAUGCUGAAGUACGACGGCAGCAGUGACGACCAGCAGCCGUCCGAGAAGCGACGGCGCCCCGAGACCGCCGAGGACGAGGACAUGCUUUUCUGCAAGAGCAUCGUGCACACCCUGCACAGACUGAACCCCAAGCAGAAGGCCUACGCCAAGCUGCAAAUUCUCAAAGUGCUGUACGAGGCCGAGUUCGGCGGCGACGACGACAAACAAUAGGAAUCAAAGACUUUGUUAGAAGAAAAUUUAAUAUUCCCUGCGUAUUUGUGGCAAAAUUGUUGCAAAAUUUUUAGCAGCGCAGUCAUUUGCCAUUCCAGUGAAACCAAAUAUUGUUAAUAAAAUUGCGUAAACAAUAAAGCUUUAAAAGAGAUUACGUACACUGACAUUUGCGGCUC